AGCAUUUUAAGGAAGAAAAUCCAGAAAGUUCUAAUGAACUAAAAUCCAUGGAGGAGAACACGACAAUUUACCAGCCAUUUGGGUUUUUCAUUAUGGGCUUUCAGGGCCUGAAGGACACUAACUAUUAUUUCAUGUUCUUGGGUAUCCUUUACAUCGGAACGCUUCUAGGGAACUUUUUCCUGAUGAUGGUGAUAUGGCAGUCUGAGGCUCUUCACACGCCAAAGUACAUGGUCGUGUUCAGCUUGUCUGUCAUAGAUGUGAGCCACAGUACUGCCCUUGUGCCAAAAUGCAUCGAUCAGUUCCUCUUCAACUCACAGUUUGUGCCGUACAACCUGUGCUUGACCCAGAUGUUCUUCAUCCACUCCUUCCACACCAUAGAAUCGUAUUCUUUGGUUAUCCUGGCUUUUGAGAGGCUGGUCUCCAUCUGUUUUCCCCUGCGGAGCAGCACCAUCAUCACCAACACCCGAAUGGUGGGCAUCAUCGCUUUCUGCUGGGUCCUGGCCUUUACUCUUCUGGCUACAAUGGUAGCUCUGAUCACUCGCCUGUACUUCUGUAAGCCAAUUCCCGUCGUGGUAAGCUACUUUUGCGAUCAUGGUCCAGUGUUUAAAAUGGCCUGUAGUGACAACACUGUGAACUGGAGGAUAACUAGUCUAUCACUGAUUGUUGUCAUUUUUUUGCCUCUGGCAUUCAUCUUAGCCUCGUAUGUGUGCAUUGUCAUCGCCAUCUCCCGAAUCAAUUCUGCCGAAGGGCGAUGGAAGGCAGUGAGAACCUGCACCGCACACCUGAUUCUGGUAGCAAUGUUUUUCAUGCCCAUCCUGGUGAUUUACACCAUUGCAUGGAUUAACAUCACAGUUGACGUUAACACCCGAAUUCUUAACACAUCACUGUCACUGGUCUUACCUGCCCUCCUGAACCCUAUCAUUUACUCGCUGAAGACAGAGGAGGUGAUGGAGCAAAUUAAGAAGCUUCUACGAAAGCAUGUGAUAAGACCAAAACAGUACUUUUAG